AUGGAGCUGGAUCGAGCGGACGAGGAGGUGCUGCUGGAGAAGGUGCCACAGCAGCUCCCAGCUGGACAGCGCGAUGAGCGCAAGGACUACUUCUUCGCAGUGACCUUCGCUGCCAAUUGUGCCUCUGUGCUCUUUAUUGCGCUAUUCUUUGGCCUUCCGAACGUGUCAAGUAUCUACUUCACCGUGCAUCACGAGGACGACUCGUCACACGGGCUCAAGAUCUUCCUCAUCUUCCUGGUAACGUCGUGUAUCGGCGGGUGUGUGUCUGCGCUGUGGCUACAAGUAUUGCAGAAUCACGCGGAGCGUGUCAUUUCCUGGACGCUGAAGGCCAGCAUAGUGGCUUUUAUCGCGGCAUCACUUGCUGCCUUCUACGACUCUGGCAUGGCUGGCAAGGCCAUUGGCUUCAUCAACCUGUUCUUCGCCCUCACGAUCAUCACGUACUACGCUUCCGUUCGUCGAUCGAUAGCCUUCGCGGCAUCUAAUUUGACAGCAGCUUCUCGUAUCCUGCGGGUGUUUCCUGGCGUGAUUACAUCAGCGUACAUGGCGUUGUUAGCGCAGGCCGUGUGGGUCAUGAUCUGGGGUGCAGCUGUCGUUGGCGUUCUCGCUAAAGCAGUCGAUCACCUCCACGAUUCAAGCUCUUAUGGAAACACGUGCUUUUUCUUCAUGCUGCUAAGCUUCUACUGGUUUGUGCAGGUGGCAAAGAAUGUGGUGCACUGUAUUACCGCCGGUGCGGUGGGUGAAUGGUGGUUCGGCGCGCAGGAUGUCAACACGAUUCAACGAGCUCAGACCCGUGCGUUGACGACGUCUCUCGGAUCGAUUUGCGUUGGCUCGCUUGUGGUCGCUGUUCUGAACGCUCUGCACACGCUUUUGCUAUCUGCCCCGCGGCGAAAGGCCAAGGGUAGCGCCAACGCCUUCUUGGAGUUCCUCGUCAAGCUGGUCAUGCGCAACAUGCAGUAUUUCAACAAGUAUGCGUUCUGUCAGGUGGCGUUGUACGGGAAAGAUUUUCGGCUAGCUGGGACGGAUACAAUGCAUCUCUUCCGAGACCGUGGCUGGACGGCGCUUCUAAACGAUUCGCUUAUUUCGAGCGUCCUGUCGGUUGGGUGUUUGGUUGUUGGCACCGUGUCCGGAGUCAUUGGAUCGGCGUGGCUGUACCUAACGCUGCGGUGCACGCCAGACGAACUGGCCGAGCAUCCGGGCGAGUGCCAGACUUUCAAUGUUGUGCUGCUGACUUUCGUGGCAUGCGCAUCAAUCGGGUACGCCAUGUGCACGAUCAUGUCGUCAAUCCUAGACUCGAUCGUUGCGACCAUCUUCGUGUGCUUCGCCGAGGACCCCGCGGCAUUGCAGCGAUCGCACCCGGACGAGCAUGCUCGCCUCGUGGAGGCCUGGAGCCGCCUGCAGCCAGACUUGCUGAGCUUCCCGACUCACAUGGUGUGA